CGCUGGGUUUGCCAAACUGAAGAGCCUCAGGCCCCCUUUAGAGAAAUAUAUCUAUAUAAACAGAUUCAGUUUAUAUUGUUUUCUUUCUCUCUCUUUUAUAUUCUUUUCUUUUCCUAAGAAAAAUGGCUACCUCUUCUAGAAGAUCAAGCGGACCGGUUCUACCGAUUCGGUCUAGCUUUCAACGGUCGCUCUCGCCGUCCGGCCGUUUCUCAGCAUCCAUGAUGCCAGAUGCGACGUCGUUCGCUUCGUCGACUGCUUCGAGCUUUUACUCGUCGCCGUCUCCCGGCUUAAUGAAUCGGUCCACGUCUAAUGAUUUCCUGCACCGUUCGACGUCUCCAACGCGCGUGAGCCUUCACGGCCUUGCGCCUCUCACUCCGGUGCCGUCCGUGCGUUUCUCCAUCGAUAGAUCCAUCUCUCCGCGGCGGUCGAUGGUGGUUUCGUCCAGGGAUCAGGUGGUCCGCAAGCAGAAUAUUGGAAAUCCGUUGUCCAAUCUCCCGAAGAAGACGUGCAUGUGUUCUCCCACGUCACAUCCGGGCUCCUUCCGGUGUAGUUUGCACAAGAACGUGAACCGCGCGCCGUCGAUUUCGUACUCCCCCAGUCGGCUGAACGCUCGAAGGUCGGCAAUGACGAAUUCGCUCGUCCGUAUCGGUACCGUAGAAGGUGAUUUAGUGAAGCGAGCUUUGGCGGCUUUGAUUCGUCCUUCAUCGCAUCACCAGAGGCGCAGAGGCGAUUUCCAGCCUAGGCCGAGCCGGCUCUCGAGAAUGUCGAAAGCAGAGGAUCUAUGAUAUUUAUUUGUUUCACAGGUUUGUGGUUUAGAUGAUACUGUUUGAAGAUUGUGCGUUUUCGGCAGAAGAUACUCCGGCGAUGGCGUCAGAUUCUGGCUGCGGUUGAAGAUGGUGAAUCAAAACCCUAGCUAUCGAUGCAAUUUUGGUGUUUACAGGACAGUGAAAUUUUCACUUUGUACAUACGAUUUGCAGCAAACUGAUUGCAAUCGAAGGACAUUUAAUAAAUACUCCUAAUCAUACUCAUUAAAAAUCUAAAACCUAACAAUCUCAAUUGCGAAUUUUCGAGAGGGAUGACUUGUGUUUGAUACUCUUUGAUGGGGGUGGAGACCCGUCCCGUUUGUUGUUUCUGCGCAUUCUCCGUCAAGUCCGCCGUUAUCAGUUGACAUUUUCCGUCCGUUGUGUACCCGUUCAUCGUCGUUGCGUUGUUUGCGUGUGUAAGUUAUGUUUAUUCAUUUUAUUAUUUAUUUAUUUAUUAUUCAUUGAUUAUUUAUUUUCUCAUCCGUAUAUUAUUUUUGAAUUAUUUAAUUAGUUGGUUGCAGGUUACUUGUUUCUUUGGGUGCUAUGUAGCUGGACUUGAAAUUGCGGACCUAAAAGCUAAUAAUUUAUGGCGGUUGGACUUUGGACUUUCGAU